GCCGUCGUAUUUGCAAACGCCGCCAAACGCUGCGACGCAGUGCCCGCGUAAAUCGUAAAUUAAAAAAAAAACUUUAUUUUUAAGCAACAGAAAAAGAUGACGUUCAGUAUAUUAUUACUUGCAUUAGCUAUUACGAAUUGUUACGGUCUUGUGGAUAUAGGUAAAUAUCUGAAAAUAUGCGACAGAAGCUCGCCAGACGUAAACGACUGCCUGGUGGACGCCAUUCAGGAAGGUCUAGCGGUCAUGGCGGGGGGAAUCAAGGACCUGGGAGUACCCGCCGUUGACCCUUACCACCAGAAAGAGCUACGCGUUGAAUAUAAGAAUAAUCAGAUAGCGGUGAAGAUGACCAUGAGGGAUAUUUACGUUUACGGUCUGAAGACUGCCACCGUGCAUGACGUCAGAUUACACGCUGAUGAAGAUCGUUUCUUACUAGAAGUGGACCUGACCACGCCUAAAGUGUACGUCAACGGGACCUACCGGGGCGAAGGCGGCUGGAACUCUCUCACUAUUAACACUACUGGGACCUUCAAUACUACUAUGACCGACCUGACAUACACCUGGAAGAUAAAUGGGAAGCCGGAAAAAAUAGACGGCGAGACAUACGUCCGCAUAGAAUCGUUCUACAUGCGGCCCGAUCUUGCCGACCUCAAGUCCUACAUCACGAAUGACAACCCUGACACGCGGGAAUUGACGAACUUGGGCAAUGACUUCGCGAACGCUAACUGGAAGGCGCUGUAUCGCGAGCUGUUGCCGUAUGCGCAGGACAACUGGAACAAGAUCGGCAUUCGAGUCGCCAACAAAAUAUUCUUGAAAGUUCCUUACGAUCAGCUGUUCCCUGCUAAAUCAUGAUUUCCUAAUUCAUGUUACUUAGGUCAGACGUAAUGAUGAAGUUAACUUAAACAUCUAAUGAAAUGGUUUAGUUUAAACUAGGUAGGUACCUACUAUAAGUUGGUUAACACAUGUGAUAUUUGAUAUAAGUUAAGUGAAAUAAAUCAUUUUGUCACAAAAUCAAAA